AGCUGCCCCGUGCAAAGAAAGCGAAGGCCCAGCGGGCUCUCAGCGCUGGCGCGGGUGGGGCCCGGCGCGGGGGCGGACAGCUGGGCAGAGUGGACGCCGCCGGCCGGUGUCCGCGCGAAGGCCUGCUGCGCGCUGACCGUGCGUUGGCGGCACCCGGCCCGGCCCCGCGCACUCGCCACUGGCCCCGGCAGGCCCCGGACUGGGGCGUCCCCGCGCGUCCAGGCGCGUCCACUCGGAGCGGCACCCGGGCACCCGGGCGGGGCGCUGCAGACCCGACCCAGCCGAACCGGGACGAUUUCGGCGCCCCGUGGGGCGGGGGGGAGGGGAGUCGGGACUCGGUCCUGCCGUCUGGUCCGCUGCCCGCUGGCCUCGGCCCAGGCCCUCCCGCCGAGGUCGCUCCCGGGAGGCAUCGGGCUUGAAGCUGCUGGACCGUCACCUCCUUUGUGUGGGGUUCCCGGGGCCCUCUGACUUCCAGAGCCGCGUUUAGCCUCGCUGCCAGCCGACCGCAGCCAGGUCGUCCCGGGGCACAGACAGGGUCGAAGCCCGGAUCCCACAUGGAGUUCAGGAUCGCACACACGUGGGACGGCUCUCCCGUGGAGCACGAGCCCGCCUGCGUGCGGCUGCAACCCCGGAGUGCAGGGGUGCUGCUGGAGGUCACCGCCCCGCUCUUCAACGACCCUCCCGCCCCCGCUGGAGCCCCGGGGCAGCCCUUCAGUGGGCUGUGGGACUAUGAAGUUGUGGAAGCAUUUUUCUUGAAUGACCUGACUGAACAGUAUUUAGAAGUUGAGCUUUGUCCCCACGGGCAGCACCUGGUGCUCCUCCUCUCCGGAAGAAGGAACGUGUGGAAGCAGGGCCUUCCCCUGCCCUUCCGCGUGUCCCGGCGGGAGACGAGCUGGGAAGGCGAAGCCCACCUUCCCUGGAGCUACUUCCCCGCGGGUGUGAGCAGGUUCAACGCCUUUGCCAUCCACGGGUCGGCGGCCGGGAGGCGCUACGAGGCGCUGUACCCGGUGCCUCGGCGGGACCUGCGGCCGGGACAGACGGCCGACUUCCACCGCCUGGAGUACUUCCAGCCGCUCAGUUUUAACUCGCUGCUCGGGGAGGAGUGGAAGCAGCCGGACUCGGACCUGUGGCCUGCGGCGUAGAUGGCCUCGCCGUUGCCCCCUCGCUGCCUCCCACAGGAGGCCUGUCCACAGCCUGUCCCCAUGGGCCGCUCUGGCCGGACAGUGUGCGAAACAGCGAGAAGCAGGACGUUCGCUAGCUCUUCUGUCGGAAGGUGAGGACGGUGCUGGAGCCCCCUGGUUCUCGUGCCCUGUAGCCCCGGGGCCCCCCGUACCCCUCGGCUUCAUCUGGUCAUCUGUUCUCGGACACCUGAGCUGCUCCUAGGUCCUGGCUAUCGGAUCGCAAAUGUCCUUUCUCAGUCGCGUCUGGGGCCCUGAGGAAGGCGCUGAGAAGGGAGCUGCUGUGCAUAUGCAAACGAGGUUCUUAGAUUCCCUGAGAAGGAGAGCGGACAUUUCCCUGCCGUGACGGAGGGUGUGCAGAUGUCUCCCUUCGUCCUGAAGCCGGCAGACGGGCGGGGAGCAGGACUCUGCGGUGUCUGCUGCAGUGCAGGUCUGAGCUUGGAGCCCCCCCCCCCCCGCCCCUGCCAGCCUCCGGAACACAGCUGUGCCCGGGUCCCUGCCGUGGCCUGAGCCCUCUGCAGCGAACCAGCUCGCCCA